AUGGAAGCCCGAGAUCAACUUGGAGCCAGCAACUUCCAUAGGUGGUCCAACGCGGCAUCAGUCGGCGUGGCGGAUUGUUUCUUCUGUCAGGAACAAUUCGCAACUAUCGAAAUGAUGACGGACGAAUUGGCAGACGGAGACCGGCUUGACCCGUCCAGGUCGGCUAGACGAUGGAAAGAGGGAAGAGUGAAUAACCCAAGGACACGUGAGCUCCCCGUCUCGCUAGCGACGGUACCGGUGACGGUACCGUACUUGAACGACGAAAUGGCCGACCGUGAACAUCAAAAUUCCGAACGUCUCGAUAUGAGGCGAACAUCCGCUGAGCCUGUGGCAGUCACGUCCGAAGCGGUUACAGGCCGCAACAACAGAGUCAAGGUCACUCAUCACUUUCCAUCAAAGAAAAAAUUGAAUGGUACAACAAUCGAUCUACUCGAUUAUCUCUCAAUUCCAUCGUCCUGGAGUUGUAUCUGGCCUGAGUCAUCGAAUCAUGCCUGUCUGAUCAGCUCGACGACAUUCAAGCAUUGCCAAGUCGAAACGGCUGUUGAUGCUACGACCAUGGAUGCUCCAGAAGCAACGGGAAGAUUGCCACUAACUUGCAGAGGCCCGGGAAAUGCAAGGAUGAUACGAUUUCCAAGCUCACUUCACAGGGUUACGAGGAUCGCAAUGAAGGCAAUCUAUAAGUAUCUCGCCUGUAUCUCUGCUAUCCAGGCUCUUGCAACUGCUCAGAAUGCGACCGUCACGCUCAUCCCAGCAGCCAUUGAGUUCGACACAGACAAUACCGCUUUCAUAUAUGGCGCAUCUCCCAUCCUGGUCGCAAAUGAUGGGAGCGCGGCAGAAGGUGGAUAUCGAACUUUCUCUAUGGCACAGAAUGCUACCUUUUCGGAAAAAAUACACCAGAAGACAGGCCGCUCGAAAAUUGCGGUACCAGUCUACGAUAUUGCGGGCCGAGAUGUCGUGGUUAACAUCCCUGCGCCAGAUUCGUUGAUGAGGAUCUUCGAUGCGCGAGCUGGAAAACAGGUGGACAGCAACGACAAGAAACAGCUUGGUGAUUGGAGUACAGCGUGUGUGUGGCGCAGCCAGAAGUCUGGAGAGAAUUAUCUAUUCGUUUUUGGCAAGCAGAUGGUGGUGCAAUUUCUGAUUCGCAGCCAGAAGAAACAUGCUGAGAUUCUCGAGGUCCAAACAUUUUCUGUUCCAAUCGAAGGCGAAUCAUGUUCUGUAUUUCCUAGUGGAAGGAUUUUCUUCUCUGCGGAAGACCGACCAUUAUAUUCCUUCCACGCUGUAGAGUCGACCAGUGCUCCUGCAAUCACCGAAGUGUCGAAAGAUAUCAAAGUGACCUCGCUUGCGACCUAUCACGGUGAAUCAGGUGUACAUCUUCUUGUUGCUCACGACGAGUCGAUCGAUAUCUUCGAUGAACAGAUGGAGCGGAAAGGAAGUGUUUUGUUAGGCGGCAUACCAGAAUUAUCCAUCAAAGGUGGACUUUCCAUCCUUCAGUCUUCAGCCAGCAGCUACCCUUCUGGUGCCUUUGCAGUUGCAUUCGAGGGUGCCGACGACACUGGUAUUGCCAUUGGUUCCCUGGAAGCCGUUCUCACAGCUACAGGUAUCAAAGCGCAUACGAACUACGACCCAAAGGCCAGCCCUUGUAAACACUGCGAUAGUCAGAUCACCGAAAAGUGUUCAAAAAAUGGUUUCGCGACCAACAACAGCACAUGUUUGUGCUUUCCAGGUUUCUCAGGCUCAGACUGCUCCAAAGUCACUUGUGCCAAUGAUUGCUCAGGCCACGGAAAGUGUGUUGGGCCCAACGUAUGCAAGUGUAAAAAUGGCUGGGCUGGCCCAGACUGUGCGUUCUUUGCUGUCAAGGCAAAGUAUGAAACCGAAGCCAACGGAGGCGAUGGUGAUGACCCAGCUAUCUGGAUUCACCCCACGCAACCGGAGCAAAGCAAGAUCAUCACCACCACGAAGUCGAGUAAUGGUCAAGGUUUUGGCGUAUUCGACCUUCGUGGCAAGCUCCUGCAGCACUUGACAGCCAUGGAGCCCAACAAUGUCGACAUCAUUUACAACUUCUCAAUUGGCAGCCGAAAUAUCGACUUAGCAUACGCUGCUUGCCGAGGCGAUAACACUCUUUGUCUCGUCGAAGUGAAUAGUACCGGCAUGGUUCAACCGAUCUCAGGUGGCACACAGGGCUUACCAGGAAACUACAAGCCUUACGGCUCAUGCAACUACCGCUCGCACAAAACGGGCAAAGAAUACCUAUUUGUCAAUAACAAGGAGGCACGGUACCUUCAAUACGAACUCACCGCCACAUCAAACGGUACGCUCCAGACCACACUUGUGCGCGAGUUUCAAGGCGGAUCUGGCGGCCAGGUGGAAGGAUGCGUCGCGGACGAGGACGCCGGAGUCCUCUUCAUCGGCGAAGAGCCGUUAGGCAUCUGGCGCUAUGAAGCAGAGCCCGAUGGUAGCAAUACUGGUGUUCAAGUUGCAAAGGUUGGCGAUGCGAGUGGGCUCCAUGCAGAUGUCGAAGGCAUCACGCUUGUCACUGCCAAGUCUGGACCAGAUGGAUACAUUAUCGUCUCGUCGCAGGGUAUCAGCUCUUACUUUGUGUAUGAGCGCGCGGCUCCACACGCAUAUGUCAUGACGUUCACCGUUGUGGACAAUGGGGACAAGGGAAUCGAUCAUGUGAGUAAUACUGACGGUAUUGCAGCGGUAAGCAAUGCCUUGAACAAAGAUUUCCCGCUGGGAUUGGUGGUCAUGCACGACGAUGCGAAUGAAUUGGCUGGAGGUGGGACUGCAAAAGAGGCGAGUUUCAAGUUGGUGAGCCUAGCUGACGUUCUGGGUGAGGAACGAGUGAAGAAGUUGGGCUACUAG